AAUAGAGGCAAUUUUAUGAGUCACCACAUGCAGGUUAUAUAGCUCUAUAGUCACACAGCUCGACGCUAUGUCACCGCUAAGAUUUCAGAUUGUUCUUCUUCUCCUUAUUGUCAAGAUUGUCCUCUCCUAUGAAGAUGAAACUGGGGACCGCGGAUGGAGGGGAAGAGGUAGAGGUAAUAACCAGCAUGGAGGCCAUGGAGGUCGACAUGGAGGACGUUAUGGGGGGGAAGCUCAAAGAAGAUCAUGCUGUAAUGGAGAGGAUAGAGGACGAAAGGGUGGAUAUAAGAACAAACCUACUUCUGGACAGAGUGAAAGUAUGAGUACUUAUGAGGCGGACUACCACUGGUGAAUUGUGGACUGUUAUUGAAUAA